GGUCAGAUCUCUGCUACGGUCUCUGCCACGACCGAUGCACUGACUUGUCCUCCUUUCCCAUCAUCCCCGUUGGCUAUCUCGGCCUACAAGACGAUUUACGGUCUUUAUUUGGCUCACCACAGGGUUCACGAUCCCGUAACGAUCUAGGUGCCUCAUCUGCAUGCCCGUUUCUACGCGUCCAUAAUAUCACUCUAGAAGGCGUUGCUAUAGCCUCUAGCGAAGAUGGCUUCUGCCUCUGUGACUUCAGAGGACCUGACCGUUGAACCUGACCUACAGCCAUUAUACCCGACACCACCGCAAGUAUCUCACCUCCUCUCGCCUUCCGUUGGCCUCUCUCCGCAGCAGAGGACAGACCUCGUUUCACACUGCUUGACACGCGCCUGCCAGUUUGGCGACCUGCAGCUGCUCUCACAUUUGCUCACCGAUCCCAAUGCGGGCCCGUACGUGGACCUCGGGAAGCAGGAUGAGGACGGUCUCGGACUCAUUAGCACCAUAAUUCUUGGAUUUGGGUUUGAGGUCGAGCGGGACAUUGAGCGGGAGGAGUGCAUCAGGCUGCUGAUCUCUGAAGGUUGUGAUGUCAACACUGCGGACAAAGCUGGUUGGAGUCCACUCCAUUAUGCCGCACUUCUGUCUCCCCCAACUCUGGUGUCUCACCUUCUUACACACGGCGCAUCACCGUUUUCGAUUACCAUGCGGAAACUGACACCCUUGGAUAUCGUUACCGCACAUUCUACAAUUCCUGGACGAGAGCAUGUUGCUCUCUUCUUGGAGGAAGCGAUGCGCGGCGAAGGGUGGAAAGGAGGUAGAAUGGAGGAGCAACGUCGUUUGUCAGAACAGCGCACACGCCUUAUAGACAAGCGAAAGAGCUUGCAGGACGACGUGGAGAAAAUCUUGGGCAUUAGUCGAAGGUGGUGGGGUGAUCAAGGCUUGGGCCCCUUCACCGACUUAUUCGAGGAGGAAGAUGAAGACGACAGUUUCAGUGAUACCCCUUUCACUCCUCCAAUGGAUUAUACCUCCAUGCUGGUCUUCUCUCCGCUAGCGCUGCCGGACAUCUUCCAGUCACUCAUCACAGACUUCAAGCCAUCACUGCGCAAUACAGAGCCGGCUAAUGCACUUUACAUGCUAGCACGAUUUGCCUGUCUCAAUUGCGAUCACAAUUGGCUUGACGACCUGAUCAUUGGAGCAACAGACGCGAUUGAAGAGACGUUUUUUAAUUGCUCGGAAGACGCAACUGCACUUAUUUUCUGGCUCUAUAACACCACUGUUUGGUUACAUCUAAUGCGAUGCGACAAGGAUCUUAACCAGGCAUGCGAGAUACUGGGAUCCUUCACGUUAAUCGAAGAGAUCCUCAAUUCAGUCUUUGUGUUCAUCAUCCGACUGGCUGAACGAAAGAUCGAUCAACUGCUAGAUGCGGCGCUAUUGGAUUACACACCGCUCUCGACCGAGUUCGAAUCCAUUCAGUUCGAAUCAGAGUGGUCUUUCCUGCGCUCGUUUGCUGGUGGCAAGAAAAAAGCGGCGGCUAACGGCACCUCCGUGCGUAACAGCGCACCUGCGGCGCCGAGAUCUCCCAGCAGACCGUCUUCUCCUGGACCUCCAAACUCCGCGUCACCCACAAACCAGCGCGGCUUCGCGUCGAUACGCCAGACACUCACCCGAGCCCGUGCCCCGUCCGCCGCUGCCACACCCCUGCACUCGCUAUUCACGGAUACGACUCCUCCGACCCCGCCACCACCCUCGCCGAAAGACAUCACCGCGUUCAUCACUGCCCUGCAUACCCUUCUGGCACUCUCCGGCAUUAAUCCUGCGCUGGUCGUUCAGCUGUGGUCGCAAGUCAUGUAUUGGACAGCAUGCGAGACUUUCAAUCGUGUGCUGACGCGCAAAAAGUACAUCUGCCGGUCGAGAGCCGUCCAGAUCAGCAUGAAUCUCAGUGUCUUGGAGGAAUGGAUCGGCGAGAUGCAGCUUCCGCGGGGUAUAGGGUCACAUUUUGCUCCCGUCAAGGACCUUCUGACGUGGUUGCAGAGUCUUUCAUCUAUAACCGAAUUCCCUAACCUCAUCGCAACCAUUCAGACCCUACGAAAUCUGAACCCGCUCCAGAUGCGUCGCGCCGUACGAGACUAUCGAUACGAAGUCAACGAACCGCGCAUGACAGAGGAGUGCAACCAGUACCUUGCGCAAAUGCAAAAGGACUGGGAAAGACAUCGGGUCAAGCUCGGGGUGGAAGCACUUCGCAAGGAGAUUGGGGAGCGUGAACGCGAUCGUGAUGACGCUGUCAGCCUGUCUCCUUCAUUACACGAGGAUUCCGCUCGACCAAGCAGUUCAAGUGCAUCAUCAACACACUCUCAGGAGAUGUCCGCGAUUCAGCGUAACAUCGAUGCUCUGUUCGACCGUACAUGGGAGAAGUCACUCUGGGAGCCUGCCAAGGCUCCUGAACCUCUGGGCGAGCUUCUGGACUCUAGGUACAUGCUGCCGCUACUGCUCCCGUCUGACCCGAUGAUGCUCGGCGCGCUCCCAGCGAGUCGAUCGACGUCAGAGCAGGAAACUCUUGCCAACCCGCGCCUCAGUCAAGACUCAACGGCUAGUAAGGCAAGUUUUGGAUCGCGCGGCGCUCUGGGCUGGCAUCUGAAGGCCAAGAAGCUGCGCGAGGUCGGCAUCAGCAUGCUCCAAUCCAUUGACGGAUCGAGAGCCUCAGUGCGAUGGACGAGACCUGUGGAGAUGGACGAAGAAGAGGACUGGGAGCAACCACCACCAUACACCACGGACGAUAUGUUGCCUGAGGAUGGUGAAGUAGUGGUGGAAACGCGCUUUACACCUCUUACGCGCAGUCGCUCCGGGCGCAACAGAGGAAAGGCGAACAGCGCGAUCGAGGAGAUCGCGACGCCGUUAGAGGAGGAAUGAGGUACGUAUGGGACUGUGAAUGUUGUCGAGGGUCGUUGUAUUAGGAUGUCUAGCUGUGUUGCUGUGGGUCGGCUCGUAAUGUGCUAUCUCAAUGCAUUUUGUAUAUUUAUCCAUACCCAUAUACAUUUCAAUAAUUCAUACAAUGGAGCGGUC